AUGCAUCUCAUGUACAUCCCCACCGCCGACGGCCUCGGCCGCCAGUACACCCUCAAAAAGGUCCUCGACAGCAAAGUCACCCGCUCUGCCCACCCGGCGCGCUUCUCCCCCGACGACAAGUGGUCCCGCCACCGGCUCGCGAUGCGCAAAAGAUAUGCUGCCUUGUUGGAUGCCGCCGAGAAGAAGUAA